AUGAGCUUCCUCAAGUCAAGGUUCUGGCCUCAUGUUAUCCCCAUCAUCACCACCAUUCCCGCCGCGACACAUAGUAAAUUGCGCUUUCGUCUUGGACUUCUCCUUGGAAGCUCGCAUGGAUUGCUUGCACCUGCCCUAGCUUACCCCUCUAUCCAACGCUCCCCUGAGCCCGCCCCGCCAAACCCAGCAUCGCUAACACAUCAAUUGUCCGCCGGCGCACCCGCCUCACCGUCAUCAUCAUCCGUCGACGACCCCGCCGAAAAUACCGCUGACGAGGAGGAUUCUGAGGACUACUGCAAGGGUGGCUACCACCCAGUCCAGGUUGGCGAGAAAUUCAAGGAUGGAAAAUACACAGUUGUGCGCAAGCUAGGUUGGGGUCACUUCUCAACCGUCUGGCUGUCGCGCGACAACACCAAUGGCAAGCACGUCGCUCUAAAGGUUGUGCGAUCGGCUGCCCACUAUACCGAAACCGCAAUCGAUGAAAUCAAGCUCCUCAACCGAAUUGUCCAAGCUAAGCCAGACCAUCCCGGCCGAAAGCAUGUCGUCAGCUUGCUCGACUCCUUCGAACACAAAGGACCCCACGGUACCCACGUUUGCAUGGUUUUCGAGGUGCUUGGAGAGAAUCUGCUGGGUCUGAUCAAGAGGUGGAACCACCGCGGCAUUCCCAUGCCUCUUGUCAAGCAAAUCACCAAGCAGGUCUUGAUGGGUCUCGAUUACCUCCACAGAGAAUGCGGCAUUAUCCACACGGAUCUGAAGCCCGAAAACGUUCUCAUUGAGAUUGGCGAUGUUGAGCAGAUAGUCAAGAAGGUGGUCAAGAACGAGCCUGCAGAGAAGGAGAAUAACCGUAACGGAAGAAGGAGACGUAGGACACUCAUCACAGGCAGCCAGCCGCUCCCUUCACCUCUGAAUUCGACCUUUAACCAUUCGAACUUGUUCCCUGGAGGAUCAGCACCGAGCGUUGGUAGCGUUCUUGACCAAGGUACGGUUCUAGUAAGAAUAGCGAAUCUUCGCCCAAGUCGACAGAAGAAUCACAAAAGCAACGAGAAAAAUCAAGAUAUUCUAACCCGAGAGGUAUCCGGAAUUUCCCUCGAUAAGGCGAGCGGACCGACGGCCUCCACGGGGGAGAAGCGCAAGGCCGAGGACGCUCACGCUUUCGACGUCAUCAGUGUCAAAAUUGCCGACUUGGGAAACGCAUGCUGGGUCAACCACCAUUUCACCAACGACAUUCAGACCAGACAAUACCGAUCGCCGGAGGUUAUUCUUGGGGCAAAGUGGGGUGCCAGUACAGAUGUUUGGAGCAUGGCAGUGUUUGAGUUGAUUACAGGCGAUUAUUUGUUUGACCCGCAGUCUGGCACCAAGUAUGGCAAAGACGACGACCACAUUGCACAAAUUAUUGAGCUGUUGGGCCCAUUCCCACGAUCUCUGUGCCUUAGCGGCAAGUGGAGCCAAGAAAUCUUCAACCGGAAGGGCGAGCUUCGAAACAUUCAUCGGCUACGACACUGGGCGUUACCAGACGUACUCCGGGAGAAGUACCACUUCAAGGAAGAGGAAGCCAAGAGGAUCUCGGCAUUCUUGGUGCCAAUGCUAGAGUUGAUUCCAGAAAAGAGAGCCAAUGCGGGAGGCAUGGCCGGGCACAACUGGCUGGAAGACACUCCGGGUAUGAAGGGCCUCAAGAUUGACGGGUUAGAAGUGGGCGGACGGGGAGAGGGGAUUGAGGGAUGGGCUACAGAAGUGAGAAAGCGAUAA